AUGUCUUCAUACAGAACAGAUCGCGUUCGGGCAGGGAGAUUGCCCGAAUCAAGGCCAGUGGACGAUGUCGUGAUUUCGCCACAUAACGGAAACCAAGUAAUUGGCCAUUUUGGAUAUACGCCUUCCAGAUCUCACCUCCCAACAUCAGUGGCCUCAACCUCGGAACGCAGGAUUCAAUCUCGAUUAACUGUGCGGGAAGAAGACCAGGAGAUAAUCCCUCCAAUGUCGAAAACGUCAAGGUCCCUAUCUCACGACGAUGCUGUACGCCCAUCAGGGCUACCACGACUGACUGGUAAUAGUGCGUCUUAUAGGUGUCCUUCGGCACCUUCAAUACCCACUAUUCGCUCAGAUCUGCCACCGCCGUCAUCUGGUACCACUAAAGUGAGAACUAGGGAUCCCAUUACUUCUACCACGGAUAGAUCGAAAAUCAUCAGUGAUCGUCCACGGAAAGUUCUUCGCCGGAAAGCAAACUUUAGGAGACAAGAACUAGACAACGAGACAGUGGUUGAUCGGCCGAUUCUCGACACUAGUGUAAAGGACGUUUUGACGAUGACAGCUCCGUCUCAACCAGAACAUGAUUUUAGUUCCCCCGUGCAGGAUGUCCCACGUCAAGGAAAUCCUUCUACUGUCACAACAAGACUACCAAGAACGAACACUCCCAAGGCGACAGAGAAUGGCCAAGCCCAACAGAUACCCAAAGAAUUUAUUGGACUCCGCACUGUGAUCAAUACAAGCAAUCUUCCCCCUCCCCCAACUCCCAUCUUUGCCUCUGCCAGCACCCCUUCGACUCGCUAUUCAGAGUCUCCCGGUAUGUGGAGCAGUCGAGGCUCUACUCCAACUUCUCUGUCGUCUUACUCUCCCGGCAUCACCCAACCUGCGAAUUACAGGUUCAAACAACAGAGUCCGGUUUCACUACGCCAGACCGCCGGGCUCCGAAUGAUAACAACACCUGUAUCGCAGACAGACCCUGACGAGCCCACCAUGCUAGGUCCGAUAGCUACCGAUAAUUAUGCAAGAUCUGCACAUGCUGAGAUUCCCCCAAUGCAGAAGACUAACGAAGUAUUGGUCCCUACAACAAUACCCUCACCCGAACAACCACAACCUACUCAAACUUCGCGGAACAAUAGCUAUGGUGAACAACAGCAUGAUAUCACUAAGCCACCAGUCUCGAAAACCACCUUGCUAGCCUCGCCUGACAUGGGAAGCAUCGGUUCAAUCAGACCUCGAAGACCAAGCCGCGACGGGACCGAUAAGUUAGAACAGGCUGUUUCUCCAGUGAUUCGGAGCAAUUUACCUGCCCUCAGGACAAAUGCGACUCAUACACGUCGAAAAUCUGCAGACAAAGCGAACUCUCCGGAGUUGUUGCGUGUGACCCCAAUUAGAUCAGCUGCCACUUCUGUGGAAUCUCUUCAGUCCAAUGUUUCAAACCGUAUUCCUUCGCGCAGUGACACAACACCCCAGAUUCCUCGGAAAGCUACACGGACACUGGUCAAGCCCCCAAAAGAGCUCAAAGCUCCUGCGAACCCAACUUCAUCAAGCAAGUUUAGUCUUUUCAGCAAAAAAUCAAAAAAUGAUCUUGCUGCUUCCCAAUCAAACGCGUCAGAAAAAGCUUCUCGCAAGGGACCAGCAGCUGGAACUGGUCACGAAGGUUACGGCAGGUAUGGUCAUCGAGGACGCAAACCGAGCGUCAGCGGGAGCAGCAACGGCAGCAGGGCACGAUCAACGAGUACCAGUGGCGGUGGAUCAGUUGCCAGCAGCAAGGGUUCUGCCCGUCACGAUGCAGGAAUCGAUGACUUUCUUCGUGAACGACUUGAACCAGUCGUCAUCAAUGGAGGUGGAAAGAAUCGUGGUGAGCUUUUCCGAACACAGAGCGGUCAUAGUUUGAGCACGCUGAGCGUCACGUCCGCAUCCGUUUCUUCAACAGUCAAUGGUGGACCUAUAAUGGGAGGGUACUCAUCCGAGUCUCUGAGUUCAAUGAUCGAUCAAAACAAACACGGCGCUAGAACUUUUAGUUCAGAUACUAGUAUUCCCUCUCAAGUUAGCAAGCAACGCGUUAAACCGAAAAUCACACGAAACGAGUCUGCACCUGCUCAAAUCUCAAGUCCUGACAGCAACAGAAGUUUAUCUGUCACGCGAGGAAACUCCCGAGCAAGCGAAGACUCAAACUUCUCUGCUCUACCGCAAAUCAGUAAAGUCGCUUCCAAAUCAGAGAGCAUUAAUUCAACAAAGCCUGCAGCAACAAAACCUAGUCGGAGAUGGAACUUCUUCCAUAGGAGCCAGAAGAACGAAACGAAACAGAAAGCUCCAGUACCUGACAGGAGCAUAGUCGUUGAAGCUCAGCUUCAUGCACAAGUUGCUACCGUUCCCAAAUCUCGACCUAUCGCUCAUUACGCACUUCUUGACGCCGAUUCGGACUCUUUGGAAGAUAUUAUGCAUCGCGUGGAGGAAUCACCUCCAAGUGAUGAUGAGGCCUUUUUGCAACUCCAGCACGGUCCUAAAACCGAACCAUCUUUGACUGCACGCCAUGGAACCAGUGUUUUACUUCCGUCUCCUCCUGCUAUCUGGAAGGAGUUCAAUUCAGAGCGCCCAAGUCCUCCACGGAAUAGACCAGCCAGUCCAAAGGUUUUCUUUCAGAAGGAGAACGACACUGAAAGCCCAGAGAAGGAGGGGAAGAGGCAUAGCAGACUUGCACCAGUUGGGCGUAUACCACGUGUUGUUUCGAGAAGAGACCGGGAUCAUAAGCCGCCUCCUCAGUCAUACUCGCGGCCUUUUAGUCGAGAUGAGGCGCCUUCUCUGACUAUUACGGCUGGUUCUCAGGCAAACGUUCAGAAUUCCUUCGGCAGAUCGAAGUUCGGUGUCGAGACAAAUCCUCUUCUACAGGGACCAUUCUAUACGGUUCCUGGUGCCUCAGGACCUUUCAGCGCUUCAGCAGUGAGUGAAAGUGCGAAAUUCAUGUCAAGUGCAUAUGCAGCCAAUGAGUUUUUGCGAUUCUCUCCUCGAAAGCCAUCAGAAGUCUCUAGCUCUACAUCCGAAGGAGAUUCCAUUCUUGCGACUGUAGCUGCAAUGGGUCUGAAACCCAACGGCACUACGGAGGAAGAGGAGAUAUGGACUGAGUACGAUGAUCUUGUCGAUACCAUGUUAACAUCCAACAAGGAUACGGUGUCAAAGCUCAAGAAAAUAGGAUCAUUCGAACUGGCAAAGAAGGCAAGCAAAACUCUACAAGCGGAGAUUAGUGCGUCAGAUGUCAAUCAAGGAGUUUCCACCGCUUCGGACACUCUCAUUCUUGCCGAUGCUACGUCACCUGCCCGGUUGAGCGACUCAUCAGUACGUCUACGACGUUCCCAGAUUGCCGCUGCAUUGCACACGUCCAUAGCCCCGUCGCCACAGGUCUCUUAUAGUGAGCUCAUUUCUGGCUAUUCGGAACGAAACAAGAGCCUCUCUGACUUUGUUCCACCGGAUAGUCCUUCAAAGCCGUCACAGGAAGACAACAAACCACAGCUAGAAGAGAUUCAGUCCUCAACACCAACUAACACUCCUGACUUUGAGACGACUCGUCGGCGGAAUACAAUGCUGUUUGACAUGGCUGAAAGGAUGCGCGAGGGAGCAGCAGCACAAACUAACCUCAGGUCCGCUUCUCUUAUGACCAGCAGGUGGCUUUCUUUUGGUCGGGUACUCUUCAGUCCAGCUCAUAACCGAAUUCAAAAGAGUGAAUCAGAGUGUAUUUUGAUUCUUGAUGGCUUGGGCAAUGACGAUUGGUCCUACUACUGCGCACUGACAUAUCCUAACGCCAACAUCUACAACUUGAGCAUACGUUCUGGAUCAUCUUCGUCUUCACCUCAUCCAGAUGCUUGGAAGCCACCAUCUAACCAUCAUCUUGUCCGCCAUAUUAUUAACGGCACUGCAUUUCCAUUUCCCAAAGGGUUCUUCUCAGCCUGUGUUCUCAGGUUUCCUGCGGCGUCUUCUGAAGGCAGGCAAAGACAUAUCCUCUCCGAAUGCAAGAGGGUCCUUCGACCUGGCGGUUACCUGGAAUUGAGUAUUUUGGAUCUGGACCUCGUGAAUGUGGGUAGCAAGACACGAAAAGCAGCGAGGGGCCUCAAGGAGAAGAUUUACGUCGCAGACCCAGAUAUCAGCCUCAAGCCUGCAAGCGAUAAUAUUCAGCGGCUGUUGGGAAUCUGUGGCUACGAUAAUUUGAACAGAUGCAUGGUCAGCAUUCCAGUAACUGGGAUGAUUGGAGGUUCAACCGGCUCCUCGAACUCCAACAAUACAUUAUCCGAUAUUCCCAGCGCAGGGACUGGUCUCUCCUCCCAACCAUCCCUGACGACGAACUUAUCGCAGCCUCAUGCGAGAACACCUUCAGACGAUGCAGAGCCCUCUCUCGGUGACUUGCUUUCGGAUCCAUCUCCUUCUGCUACGAACGAUGAAUCGAUCACCAAGGUGGUCGCUAGAGUGGGGCGAUGGUGGUAUACACGAUGCUACGAGAUUCCAGUCCUUUCUGACCCGACUACUGACCAGAGUAUCUGGUCUGAACGGCGGCUAUUGCGAGAAUGCCAAAAGCAAGGUACCGGUUUCAGGUUACUAAUUGCUUACGCUCAAAAACCGAGCGAGAAACGAAGGACAGUCAGUCUGUAA